AUGGAAAACGUCAGCGAGCCUGAGUACGAAAGCCCACCAGGGUCAGACCUCAGCAGCGAGUUGGAAGGUGGCAACGCCAACACCACUGUUCCUCUGACCACCGCACCCGACUCUGCUGAUGGCACCAGGAAUGAAACCGACGCCGUGGAACGGUUCGUGCCAGUACGAGCGAACCAGGAGGAUCACAACGAAGACAGCUCGGUCUCUGAUCCCGGACCACCAUCGGAGGUUGACGCCCUCAACGCCCGCAACUUUCUCGUGGAGGAGACCCUGCUCGCUGCUCUCGCCUACCAGCCUCGGCCCAGCGACGUGUUCACCGUCAGCUACCCAAAGUGCGGCUCGGCUCUCCUGCAGUUUCUCGUGUUCGGCGUGCUGAAUCGGGGCGAACCGAGCAAGGACUUCGAGGACUUCGCGGCGCGCACACCGUACCUCGAGUGGAUGGGCAUCAAGUCGGUUCUGGAGAUGCGGAGGCCGGGGGCGAUCAAGACUCAUCUGCCCUUCGAGAAGAAUCCACACAGCCCGCAUGCCAAGUACAUCUACAUGGCUCGAAAUCCUUUCGACUGCUGCGCUUCCUAUUACACGCAUAUGAGGACUAUGCCCUUGUUCCGUCCCGAGUCAGCUAGCUUCGACAUCUUCUUCGAUGCCUUUCUCGAGGGAAAAGUCAUUUAUGGUGACUACUUCGACCAUGUCCUGUCAUGGUACGACCACAGAAGUGAUCCGAACGUGCUUUUCGUCACCUACGAGGACGUGAAGAGCGACCCCAGAACUUCAGUCAUUCGUAUCGCGGACUUCGUCGACCCCAGCAUCGGCAGAGAACUUCGGGAAAAUCCGGUUCUUCUCACGAACGUGUUGAAGAUCGCUAGCGCCAACAACAUGACAACGACCUGCCACCAGGGGAUCCGAUCCAUACUGGCCGACGAACUCGCCCUGGCCAUCGGGAAAGAACGAAUCACAACGGCCGAGUUCUACAAGAACGUGUUCGCUGAGGCACUGGAGGUCGCCGAGGCCUCGGAUUACACGCGUACGCCGGUAUGCGGCAGGUGGAAGGAGUUCUUCAAGCCUGAGCACGUGCAAAGGAUGUAUGAGUGGAUCGACGAAAAGACGGCCGGAAGUGACGUGUUUAGUAUCUGGAGCAGCAGCGACCUGCCUCGAUUGAAUCCCGACAAUUUUCAGUAA